CACCGAUAACGCCAGAGACUAUUGAUUGAAAUUCCUUGAAAAUAACACGAAAAAGAAUUAGCUUCUCAAUGCAAAGUAGACCAUAAAAAUUCAUUGUGAAAAACUUGUGGGGUGGUGGGAGAGCAGUGAAAGAAAAAAAAAAGAAACGGAUACACACAUACUGACAUACUUGUACUCACUUGUGGGGGAGUCAGAGGCGGAGGCAAGAAAUACACACACUCGUAGCAAGAGGCAACUUUCAAGGAAGACGAAAUCAAAAGUGAAUUUAUUGCAAAAAGUGUAAAAAAGUAAUACGAAAAUGAAUCCAGCUGUGGAUGCAUGGGCGGUGACCCAGCGGGAAAAACUCAAAUAUCAGGAACAAUUCAAAGGGCUUCAGCCGCAAGGCGGCUUUGUUACCGGCGCCCAGGCCAAGGGAUUCUUUCUGCAAUCACAAUUGCCGCCACUGAUUUUGGGUCAAAUCUGGGCUUUGGCCGACACUGAUUCCGAUGGCAAAAUGAAUAUCAACGAGUUCAGCAUAGCCUGCAAGCUGAUUAAUCUUAAAUUGCGCGGCAUGGAGGUUCCAAAAGUAUUGCCACCAUCUCUACUGGCAUCACUGGCAUCAUCUGAUGGACAGAAGACGCCCUCAAUGACGCCACGUGGCUCUACCAGUUCUAUGAGUCCGCUAGAUCCAUUGAAAAGUAUUGUUAGCGGAGUGAAUCCCCCAACAGCAGCAACAACAGUAGCAGCGCCAGCAGCAGUGGCUGCCGCCAUUCCCCCGGCAGUGCCAGCUCCCAGUGUGGUGUCCCCACCUGGCAUUGUGCCGGCUGGACCAACACCGCCAUCAAGUAAUCCACCUAGUCGUCACAUGUCCAUCUCGGAGCGAGCCCCAUCCAUUGAAGCACCAGUGGAAUGGGCUGUGCAGGCCGCCCAGAAACGCAAAUACACUCAGGUCUUUAAUGCCAAUGAUCGAACUCGUUCGGGUUUUCUAACCGGAGCACAGGCACGCGGUGUUCUCGUUCAGAGUAAAUUACCCCAGGUGACUCUGGCCCAGAUAUGGACGCUCUCCGAUAUCGAUGGUGAUGGACGUCUUAAUUGCGAAGAGUUUAUUUUGGCCAUGUUUUUGUGCGAGAAGGCUAUGGCCGGUGAGAAAAUACCGGUGACUUUGCCUUUGGAUUGGGUACCACCGAAUCUGCGCAAGAUAAAAUCUCGUCCUGGUUCGGUCUCAGGUGUCAUAUCACGUCCAGGAUCCCAGCCAGCAUCGCGUCAUGCUUCAGUAUCGUCACAGGGGGGUGUGGUGGAUGCUAGUGCUGAUCCAAUGGCCGGACUACCACAAACAUCUUUCGAGGACAAGCGUAAGGAAAACUAUGAAAAGGGUAAAGUGGAGCUGGAUCGUAGGCGCAAAGUAAUGGAAGAUCAGCAGCGCAAGGAACGAGAGGAACGCGAACGCAAGGAACGAGAAGAGACCGAGAAGCGGGAAAAGGCUCGCCUUGAGGCUGAGCGCAAACAGCAAGAGGAAUUGGAACGCCAAUUGCAGCGUCAAAGGGAAAUUGAAUUGGAAAAGGAAGAGCAACGUAAGAGAGAACUGGAAGCGAAGGAAGCGGCUCGAAAGGAAUUAGAGAAGCAGCGUCAACAGGAAUGGGAGCAGGCCAGAAUAGCGGAAAUGAACGCCCAAAAGCAACGAGAGCAGGAACGUGUUCUCAAGCAGAAGGCACACAAUACUCAGCUGAAUGUUGAGCUAAGCACACUGAACGAGAAGAUCAAGGAUCUAUCGCAAAGAAUUUGCGAUACACGUGCCGGCGUCACCAAUGUCAAAUCCGUAAUUGAUGGCAUGCGCACCCAGCGUGAUACUUCCAUGAGCGAAAUGGCCCAGCUGAAAGCGCGCAUUAAAGAGCAGAAUGCCAAAUUAUUGCAGCUAACUCAAGAGCGUGCCAAAUGGGAUGCUAAGAGCAAAGCCAGUGGUGGAUCAUUGUCGGGAGAAGCUGCCCAGCAGGAGCAGCUUAACGCAGCCUUUGCCCACAAGCAGCUGCUGAUUAAUCAAAUUAAAGAUAAAGUGGAGAACAUUGGCAAAGAGAUUGAAACUAAAAAGGAGGACAUCAAUUCCAACGAUCUACAAAUGACCGAACUAAAGGCUGAACUUUCGGCUCUGAUUACCAAAUGCGAGGAUCUCUAUAAGGAAUACGAUGUGGAGCGCACUUCGGUUUUGGAAUUGAAAUAUAAUCGCAAAAAUGAGUCAACCAUUAGUUCGGCCUGGGAUAGGGCCGCUUCGACCACCACCACAUCAUCAGCUUGGGGCGAUACGGGAGCAGCUGUAAUCUCUGAGAACUAUAAUGACACAGUCGGCACUGCUGAGGCUCCUGGAUUGGCAGCCAGCGAUUUAAGUGGCCCGGCUCCAGAGGGAUUUGUGAAAUAUCGCGCAGUCUAUGAGUUCUCUGCCCGCAAUGCUGAGGAGAUAACAUUUGUGCCGGGCGACAUUAUUCUGGUGCCCUUGGAGCAAAACGCUGAACCUGGUUGGUUAGCUGGUGAAAUAAAUGGUCAUACCGGCUGGUUCCCCGAAUCCUAUGUGGAGAAGUUAGAGGACGAUGCGGCAGCAGUUGAACCGCCGGAUGCUGCAGCCGAUACUUUCGCUGCCAUUAACGAUAGUUACAAUGACAAUACCGUCGCUUCGGCAAUAGCCCAACCUGAGGCGGAAUCCACCGGCGAUGUCGAAUACUAUAUAGCCGCAUAUCCUUAUGAAUCGGCCGAGGAGGGUGAUCUAAGCUUUGGUGCCGGUGAAAUGGUAAUGGUCAUCAAAAAGGAAGGAGAAUGGUGGACGGGCACCAUUGGUAACCGCACUGGCAUGUUUCCCUCGAACUAUGUGCAAAAAGCUGAUGUGGGCACUGCAGCUGUUCCACCAUCACAGGUGGCCGCCGGAGAUGAGUCAGCUGAGCAGGAUGCUACACUAAAUGGUAACUCUGCCUAUGCUUCUACUGCUCAACCCGAGAGGCAGACGCCCCAACAGCAGCAGUACGAUCUGCAGCACGAGCUACAGCGGGAGCUGCAGCAAAAGCUUCAACAGCAGCAACUACAGCAAGAGCAGCAGCAGCAACAACAGCAACAACAGCAACACGAACAACAACAUCAACCAGAGCCCGUUCAGCAAAUGGCCGAGGAAACGCAUGAAGAUCUUGACACUGAAGUAUCCCAGAUUAACACACAAUCCAAAUCACAAAGCAGCGAACCGGCCGAGAGCUAUAGCCGACCCAUGUCACGCACCUCUUCCAUGACACCCGGAAUGCGCGCCAAGCGAUCGGAAAUUGCCCAAGUAAUUGCUCCCUAUGAGGCAACCAGUACAGAGCAGCUAUCCUUGACUCGCGGGCAAUUGAUUAUGAUACGCAAAAAGACCGAUUCCGGCUGGUGGGAGGGUGAAUUGCAGGCCAAGGGUCGUCGUAGGCAAAUUGGUUGGUUCCCGGCCACCUAUGUCAAAGUAUUACAGGGUGGACGCAAUAGUGGACGUAAUACCCCAGUCUCGGGAAGUCGCAUUGAAAUGACCGAACAGAUUUUGGAUAAGGUUAUUGCUCUCUAUCCAUAUAAAGCACAAAACGAUGAUGAGCUAUCAUUCGAUAAGGACGAUAUUAUCAGUGUACUGGGCCGCGAUGAGCCGGAAUGGUGGCGUGGAGAACUCAAUGGUCUCUCUGGACUCUUCCCCAGCAAUUAUGUGGGACCAUUUGUGACGUCCGAGAUCAAGCAAACCAAAUGGAAUAUUCCCAAAAUAGUUAAGAAAUACUGGCAAAAUCUGGGCAAUGAAGAGACGACAACUUGUGUACCAAGGGCAACGGCAGAGGGAACUCAUUGUCCUCCGUUCGAGAGUAAACUUCGGGGCACCAUUCACUCCAUACACGUAACAAAACGUAGUGAUGGCCAAUUAUUCUGCUGUGCCUAUGUGCGAUUCGCCUGCGACAGAGCAAUGGGAGAGGCAAUGCUCGAUAAAAGGAACGGGCAUAGUUUAGUGGGUCGAAGUGUUUAUGUUGAUUGGCAAAUGCCACAUAAGAAGAGAUCCUGUCCAUUUUGGUGGUAAUCCAAGCAAAUUAUGUUCAUUUAA